UGCCUUCUCCUUCAGCACUGCCCCGGUCCCACGUCAACCUGUCUCGAAGUACAUAACGGUUUAAACUACUACAAAAGAUGGCCGAACCUGGGGGAUUGUCUGAACGGUGGCAGCUGGAACGCCGGCAAAGGGACCUGCAGAUGCUAUAAUGGAUUCGUAGGGCUCCGUUGUGAACGAUACGCCGAGUCGUGCGCAGAGCUGUUUGAGUACGAUUACGGCUAUCAGUUUAAUAGGAAAACGUUUCUCAAGCCUCCUGGAUUCACCGCCCCGUUUCAGACCAAUUGCGCGAUUCUAAAAACCAGCGGGAUUCGCACGGACAUUUUUCACCAGACGAAUGUCAGAGCCAUCAACAACACCAGGGCAUGGAGCGAGUACGUUGACGGCUACUACGCCGCCGAGGACUGCAGAAAUGAAAGCGAUUUUUGGUUGGGCCUUGAAAAAAUCCACCAUUUUAACCAAAGAGGCAACUUGAAGCAGUUGAAUAUAAUGCUAGAAUUCAAAUCGCCGUAUGAUUUAGCUCAACUUCAAUACGAUGACGUUGUUAUAGGUGGACCUGAAGCAAACUACUCUCUGAGCUACCAAAAAUUUAAACGUAUUGACAACUACAGGACAUGGGGCUUAACCGAUUGCUUCUCUUCGAAUACGUCGACGGCGUUUUCAACACCGGAUGCAGAUCACGACCAGGAUGCGUCAACCAACUGCGCGGAAGAAGCAGGGGCGGGUUGGUGGUUCGGGACAUGCAACCCUAGCAACGAGUGCAACCCCCUGGGGGAG